AGUGACGGAUCGUUCUCUCCAUCUUCUUCUUCUUCCAGAUGUCGAGCAAGCAGGAGCCAUCGUCCAGCAUCCGACACUGGGAGGGGACAACUCGUCGCAGAGCCUGGCUAUGGUUUCGUUGCGGCAGAAGCAGCUCACCAUCGAAGGCACCAAGCGCAGGAUACGAAGGCCCUUUACAAUCUCUGAGGUGGAAGCUCUUGUCUACGCCGUGGAAAAGCUCGGCCUUGGAAGAUGGCGUGACGUGAAGCUGUGGGCUUUCGAUCAAGCCAAGCACCGGACUUACGUCGACUUGAAGGACAAGUGGAAGACUCUAGUUCACACGGCACGGAUUGCGCCGCACCAACGCAGGGGCGAGCCCGUCCCUCAGGAGCUACUCGAGAGGGUGAUACGAGCUCAAAACUACUGGACGGCGAGGCAGGCAAAGCAGCAAGCCGAGCUCGAUUUCUAGACAUUCUUUCUCCCAUUUUGAUUUAUCUUAUAUCUCUAUACUGCACAGCUCCACAGCUAAACAGCUAAGCUCGCUCGCAAAGUUUUUGCAAGCAGUUGUGCAUGCGGUUGUAAGAGGCCGAGCAGCGGUUGAACUGAAACAUGCCUUCAACU